ACAUCCUGUUCAUAUCUAACUGCUGUGGCAGGGGCUCUGUUAGUUGCAGUCGGCUACGCCCUGAGGGCUCACCAAAAACAUCCACAAAAACAACUGUUUCCUCUCUCCAUUGAGAGACAGGAGGGAAAAACUUCCUUACAGCCGAGGUUCAGCUUUCCUGUUUCUGUUGCUCACGGGUCUGAUAUCUGCUGAAGAACAGGGAAAGCGGAGAAGAUUUCCUUGGAAUCCACCAGCCUUCCUAGACUCCUUGGAGAUAACAGCAUUUUUGGUGUUCCUCAGAAUUUACUUUGGCAGUGGAUUUGCUUUCGUGGUGGGAUGUUUUGAAGCUGGAGAGCUGCACAAUUUUGGAGCUUCUGCUGCUCAACUCUUAUAUGUGGGCAUUAAUCUCUUGUCACAGCUGUGCUCCAGAAGGAUGAAGUGCCCUUCAACAUUAUCAGACAACGCUAUUGUCUAAGAAGGCGGCAUUCUCAACCUUGUUCCGCAAAUCAAGACUUGGAAAAUAUGCAACCCUUUCAGCUUGUCAUCAGCUCGGCUCUGCUCAAAGUGCAGGAAGGUGGAUAAAGCACAGUUUGGCAACACGGCAUUGUGGGAGUAUUGAUCCUAUUCUUUUCAUAUGGAUUACGUUUCCUGGCCUAUCAUUUCUUUGUGCAAUCAGACAUACCUUAGAAUCUGACUUUGAGAAUGAAUGGUGAUGUUCUCUAGCCAUCCAUAACAGCGUCCUGUGCUUACGUUCCACCUGCAGUACCUAAAUGCUCUACGACUGACUAGGACUCUUCCAUCUUCUACAAAGAGUGCCUACCAGCAGUGGAGGACAGUCAGAUAUGACUGUCCAGAAACUGGUAGCCACAGCUGUGUUAGUAGCUCUGGUCUCCCUUAUCCUCAACAAUGCUGCUGCUUUCACCCCCAACUGGGUGUACCAGACCUUGGAGGAUGGGCGCAAGCGCAGUGUGGGGCUGUGGAAGAUGUGCUGGCUGUCAGAGAAGGGGAAAGGUGGCGCCAGCACAAGUGCCAGGCAUGGGCAAGGAACAGAGCAAGAAUGUGAACCUUUAGGCUGGGGCACAGAGCCCGCUGGGUUCCAGGAAUCUCGUAGCACAGUCAAACUGCAAUUCGACAUGAUGCGGGCCUGUAACGUGAUUGCCACAGUCGCUUUGACAGCUGGUCAGCUUCUCUUCGUAAUGGGACUGGUUGAACUGCCCAUUAUUUCUCAGGAUACACAAUGGUGGGAAGAAGCCACCGCUGCCGUCUUUCAGCUUGCCAGUUUUGCCCUGGUCAUUGGGCUGGUCACCUUCUACCGCAUAGGACCCUACACAACGCUGUCCUGGUCCUGUUACCUGAACAUUGGGGCUUGCCUUUUGGCCACCCUGGGCGCGGCCAUUCUCAUAUGGAACAUCCUUCACAGACGGGAAGACUGCAUGGCACCCAGGGUCAUCGUGAUCAGCCGCACCUUGACCGCUCGCUUCCGGCGAGGUCUGGACAAUGACUAUGUUGAGUCGCCAUGUUGAGAAUGUGUGGUGGGCAGAAAGGAAAAUGCUCCGGAGAAGAUUUUAAAAAUGGAUUUCUUUCUAUAAAUAUGCCACUUUAUUUAAAUCCUCAAGAAAACCACGACAUUCACAUGUCUAUUAAAGAAGCCCAAUAUUAUUAUUUGGAUGGGCUACAUCUAUAUAUAAUAUGCCUCUGAUGUACAGUGUAAAAUACUAACCACUAAACAACCCUGAUGGAAUGCCAGUCAAAAGGUAGAUGAUUCAAACUGUGUGAGAUAUAAAGUGGAUGAAGUUUUGUGAGGGAGUGGGAGUGAAAAUGGGGGAACAGCCAGUUCAACAGUCCAAGCUCUCGAUCUUUUUACGAAAAAAACGUUAGCCUGUAUUUCAUAACAGGCAAACAAGCUCAAGGGUUCUUGGCCCUUUUGCAGAACCAACAACUGAACAGUUUGAAAGAGGAAACAACAAAUUAACCCGACUCACUAUUUUUGCAAUGUUUUUGUAACACUUGAUGGGAUGCACAAAAUCUAAGUGGAUAAAAAUACUUCUGUAUCAAAGCUGGGCAAGUCCAUCAAUCACAGGCACAGCUUAUCAGGUAUUGUGAAAACAUCAUUUUUAAGAAAUGAAAGUUUAUUAUUUUAAACAUGUCUUCUGUGAUAUUUUAGGAAACUUUAUUCUGUUGAGAAAGAGGUACAUCCUAAAGAUCACCGUUCUAAAAUGUGCUCCAUUUAUAGUUAUUCAAAGCAGAAAUGUUUUGUUCCUCUUUCCAUUAAGUUCCAACAAAUAAAUGUAGCUGUGCGGCUUUUCCAGAUAUGUAUGGAUUACAACUCUCAGGUUGCUGGAAAUUACAUUUGAAUAUCUGGAAGGCCAUACAAUUCUCAACCCAGGGUGUCAAACCAAUAAUUAAGUUCAAAAUUGAUGGCUGGCCAUUGCCAUACUUGAUGCCACUUUGUUUUAAGUACCAAAGAUGCCAAGUCUCGUACCAAGAUAUGAACUAUCAAAGUUACUGGGAUGUGAAGGCAGGAAUGGGAAAUAUUGCAUAUUUAAGUUUCUUGGAAGGAAAAAAAAAGUAUUAUUUCUUAUUUAAAUGAUAGGAAUGCAAAAAAUGCCUUUCAAUAGGAAGUCCUAAUCUUUUUGCUGUACCAUGGGGAUGUUCAUUGUCCAAUGACCAGGACACAUAAAAAGGUAAGAGUAGUAGAAAGUGACAUCUGUAGCACAUGAAAGGAAAUGUGAACUGGCCUCCCCAAUCUAUUAGUUCACUUAAGCAAAAUAUUUGGCAACGAUGGGAGAGGUUGCUCUACUACACAGUCAACCAACCAAGUUUUAUGGACAUGUGAAUCGCUUCAUAUUUAAUGUCUCUUUAUCAGAGACCUUUAAAAUAUAUAAUAAUCUGAAAUCUGUCCUUCAUUUUCAUGCUGGCAUCAACCAUUCACUCCCCACUUCCACCCUGUCAUUUUCUUCACAAAAUACAUUAUCAAGCUGGUUCUUGAUUUCCAUUGUGAUGAGGUGCUACAUAGACAAGUUGAAUGAACUCAAGCCCAAAUAUAUUGUGGGUAUUUUAAGGCUCACAGAUAUUUACAGUUCGUUUGGAAUUACAUUUUCCCUUCCAUGGAAGCACUAUAUCACCCGAAGCUUUUUAUUUCAAAAAUAAGUCUCUGGCUUUUGUAUAUGCAUUGGUUUGUUUUGAUGUGUAACAGCAAAAUAUCAAAACAAGUAGAGAAGUUGUGAAGCAUGUUUUCUGCUUCCUUGGAGACUAGGACGCAGAACAAUGGCUUCAAACUACAAGAGAGGAGAUUCCAUCUGAACAUGAGGAAGAACUUCCUGACUGUGAGAGCCGUUCAGCAGUGGAACUCUCUGCCCCGGAGUGUGGUGAAGGCUCCUUCUUUGGAAGCUUUUAAACAGAGGCUGGAUGGCCAUCUGUCAGGGGUGAUUUGAAUGCAAUAUUCCUGCUUCUUGGCAGGGGGUUGGACUGGAUGGCCCAUGAGGUCUCUUCCAACUCUUUGAUUCUAUGAUUCUAUGAUUCUAUAAACUCUUUCUUCAAAGCAGUUCUAUUUGCCAUGGUAUUUCUAAAGGCUAUCAAACCAAUUAUAAUUGAAGUUUGAAAAACCUGUAUGAAAGUAUCACAGCAAGUCUCCAGAAUGUCUUAAAAUAAGACUUGUCAGAACAUCUUGGUAAGACUAUAUACUGCAGUGGUUCCCAACCUGUGGUCCAUGGACCGCCAGUGGUCCCCAAGAACGAAAAGAUGCUCCAUGGCCUCACCAUUACUAAACCACUGCCUCGAAACCAUGUGGCAACAAGAGCAACUGGUCUUGCGAAACCCUUUUAUAGUGCCGAGGCAAUGGGGAUGUCAGGAGGGGAGACGCUGACUACCUACAAAAGAUUACUACUACCACAUCAGUUCUAGAUUAUUAAAUAUGGUUUUCUGUGGCCGAGCAGAUGGUGACUACUGGAUGGCAUAUGUUCUGUAUCAGAAAUUAGAGCUGACGUGGACUAUCCAAUGCAAUUUUCUGUAUCAGCACCCUAAAAUAACUUAACUGUAUCUAAAGUUGACCAAAACAUGAUUUGUAACCCUUUUGGAGAAUGGUCCCUGGUCAAAGUGGUCCCUGUUCAAGUGGUCCCUGGUUUUUUUUAAAAAAAGGUUGGGAACCACUGCUAUAUAGGGACCCAAAUAAUCAAAAAAUGGGCUGUAUCUCAGUCUGACUGACUUGGCUUUUUUAAAGGAAAGAUCUACAUUUGCUGAAAAUUAAAUGUACUCUCAUUAACUGCAAUUAAAAUAUGUAUUUAAAAUAUCAGAA